AUGGGACAAGUAACCGAAGUCAUAAAAGCAAGAAGAAUCACAUUAACGAAAGUUCAGAAGGCUGAAAUUUGUCAGCUAUGGAAAGUGGGUUUACCCAAAUUGAAGUUCAAUAUUGGCGAAUCAACGCAAGAUCGUUCAGCUAAUUGCCCUCAACUUGAAGAAAUACUAAACUUAUGGGUUUCAAAGGCUGAGGCGCAAUUACGGUACAAUUAUCCAACGUUUCACAUUAAAGAGUAUACAAAGCAAGGUGAAGCCACUAGUUCUCCAACAAAUGAUAUUCCACAUUAUUGUGAUGAGCUCAAAGAUAUAAUUAAAAAGUAUCACCCCUGGGACGCAUAUAAUUGUGAUGAAACAGGUUUAUAUUGGCGUCUCGAACCAGAAAAACACUUGCAAGUUACUGGUGAUGAUAAAUUACCACCCCUGCUUAUUUACAAAUACCAAAACCCUCAUGCUAUUCGACAUAUUGAUAAAGCAAAAUUACCUAAGGAUUUGUUCCAUCUAAUAUUAAAAUUCAUCAUUUUCCUUCUCAUACAACAACCCUGCGACGCUGGAAUCAUUGCGCUGGAGUUUAAUAUUAAAGACGCUAUUGGUCUUUCUGUUGAAGCAUGGAAAUGGCCAGAGGAUUUUGAUCUUACUUUACCAAGACCACAAUUAGAAACUACCGACCCCGACCCUACCAAUCUUGUAGCAGAAUUCAAUGAUGAUGAAGAGCCUGAAGUUCGUGUUUCGCAUAAAGAGGUCAUCACAAGUAUCAAUAAUAUUCUUCACUUUAUUAAUCAAGAAAAUGGAUUUAAUGUGGACGGAUUUUUUAUACAAAAGCUAGGUGGUUUUUAA